CUGAAGCCUGAAGACCGUUGUCUGAAGUUCCCAUGUCGGCCAUGGCGAGUGUGGCCACCGUGCCUGUCUCGUUCGGCACACAGCAGCCGGAUGGGAGCACCUUCUAUGGAAGCUUUGAGGCACAGACCACCUACCCCAGUCGGGGUAGCUUCAUGCCUCCUUCACCGCCGCCUCCAGCCCCCCGCGCCCUCUCACGUCCUCGUGUGAGUGGAGUGCAGUCGCCAUUGCCUCCCUUGGUGCAGCCCAAAGGUGAUGUGGCCCCCAUGCUGCCUGAGCGCAGCCCCUGUGGCCCGAUGAAGUCCUUGGAUCCUCCCGGCCUCAUCGCAGCAGGCAUUCCGUGGCUGGACUCUUUAAGUCCUUGGCAGCCGACCCGACCACCUUCGCCGAUGCCGGUGGCACGCGCAAGGAGUGUCUCGCCCUGUCCCAGCCCCAUCCAUCGGGUGGUGCGUACGACGCGGCACGCCGCACCAUGCGCCUCUUGCUGCCGCGCGCCAGUGCCGAUCCUGCCCAGCACUGCCCGGAGUAUCACGCGCAUGGUCACGACUCCCAGCCAACCUCCGGUCCGGAGUUACAGCCGAUCUCCAUCCCCGACGACGCGCUUGCCUUCGCCGGACCUGCGGGGCGCUCACCGCGCUGUGGACGCGCCGCUGCCGCCCGCCUCGGCGAGGAGACGUAGGAAGUUGAAGACGGCAUCUCACAGCGAAGUAGAGGCAAAGGUUGAUGGCUUGGAAGAGAUCAGGCGUUGGGAGGCUCGAUUAGGAGCUGGCCCUGAGCACAGGGGUAGUUCGGACACCAGCACGGACGCGACCUCCAGUGUGCCAUUGAGUCGACUGGAACGGCACGUCUUUCGACGGAAGCUCUUUGCUCAAGAGCUGGCGCAGAUCGAGCGCUUGCUGUCCGAUGAGGGGGACCUGCGGAGCGCUGCGGCACAGGAGUUUCGCUGGGCGCUCCACUCCGGGGGGCGCUCCUCAGACCGCUCCGAUGCGCUCAUCGACACGGCGGCGGCCUUGACGGCGCUGCGGCAGCUCUCGUACCUGUACGGUUUGCCUGCCUUGGACGCCGAUGUGGCGCGCACGUGCUUUGGCCCCUCCGUGGACUUCGAGACCUUCGCCAGUGCGUUGCCAAGCCUCUUGCGGCGCGCGCAGUCGCUGGCGCAGGAUGGACUGGCCUAUUGAGCGUCCGAGCUUGCGAACGAACACAGAGGUGGAAGAGUUUAUCGGGGGUUUGUGGGUCAAAAGUCCUG